GACCGCGGGGUUUGAAAUAUGCGUUGGGGCGAUUGUGUUCUGACAACUUCAUAAAUGGAGCUCUAGCUGGUCGACCCCCAUAGAACAGGCCCACCAUGGCCAUGCGUCGUUCCAAUACCGCACCCCAGCCUUUAGAGUAUCAUGUUCGACCUCCUCUCGCUAGGGCCAAGUCUACCAUAGAUGGCUUCGCUCCUCGCUUACAUCAAUCAGCGGCAACCGCAUCCUCCCAGUAUAGGUUUAGCGCUUCUUUGACGGCCGCCUCCCCGCUUGCCUCGCCUCGUGAUAGAGAGGACCCGUUCAGCCUCGCGGGGUUCUUCCCGGCUUCAUAUUUGGUAUCUCCGGAAAGAGAGGGGGAACGUUGGGAGUGGUUACGACAAGAACAGCCUGAGCGAUUUGGGGAUGAUGAAGUGCAAUCCUUAGAGGAUAAUGAUGGGUCAUUGCCUCGUACUCCGGGACCCGUCAUAUUCGCACGGGCGGCAGAAUAUGACAUAGAGGAGACUAUCAAGGGAGAAGAUAAAAUGGGCGUGUUAUCAGUACUUAAUAAUAUUGACUAUGGGGAGGAUGAAGUUGUUGAUCACGAGUCACUUUACCUUGCACUGAGCAAGCUACGUCAAGUUGAAAAUUCUACUGCAGGGGGACAAGAAGAAAUGAAAUGGUGGUGGCCUGUAAAAUUGGCAUUACAUGCGAUGUCUAGUAUAGUUUAGUUUAAAAUGUCAAUAUUUUUAUUUUUA